AUGGCUUUCGCGGCUGAUCUCAGCUCGCUGACUGAUGCCUUGAUUAGCUCUGUCACCAAGAUACCACCAAAUCAGAAGGGAUCUGCUCGCGUUCAAGGCCUGAAGCGUCGCGUACAAGGAGGUCUCCGGACUGGUUCUCAUGCGCGCACUGACCAGUUUGCAGUGGUCAAACAACUCGAAGGGCUGCAAGAAAAGUUCCAGGUCCUGAAUAAAGAUGAACUGGCUGAGGCUCUUCGCUCCCGCCUGGUAGAGCUGGAAGACAGCCGAAACUCUUGGCUCCCGGAGAUACUCAGCAUGUUACUCCAGCUCUCAGACCGCCCUGCUCUGUUGUCAACAGUUGACCGACUGGGGAAGAGAGACAAGUUAUCCGAGAUACCAGAAUCUCUGUCAUGGUCGGAUCUCAACCCGGAGGGGGCCGCAUACAGUGACGAAGAAAUAUGGGAGCAGGUAGACUUUACUGCCGACUCAUCAGAUGACGACGAUUUCUCAUCCGUUGUCAGCGAUGUGUCUGCUCCAAAACACAGAGCUCUGUCCUCUACAACGGUUGAAGAGGAUUAUAUCGUGCCAGAUGAGAUCUUCACUCCAGCAGAAGACAACAAACUCAUCAUCUCUAUAGAAAAGGCACAAUUCUGGAAAACAGAAAACCACCCUCCAGUCACUCAAGGAAAGGAGGAUGCCUCGCAAACCAUUACCGAACUACAGCUUGCGAGAGAGACUAUCUUCAUGCUUCAGGGUCUUCCAACCUCUGUAUUUUUGCAUUUGGAUAACAAUGUUGGAGUAGAUCGCAGGUAUACACUUGCACAUUCAUCCAACGAAUCACUAGCAUCACUUUUGCAGCGCUUUGGUGAGAUCGGUGCCAAAAUCAACGCUGUUCGAGACUUUAUCAAGACACAUCAGACGAUCCCAUACCUGCAGACAUUUUGCCGAGGCGUUGAAGAGCGUCUUUGUGAGUUCGAUGGGAUACUUUCCCAAGUUCAGUGCAAAUACCUUUCCUCUGGUUCAACAAUCAGUCUUCUCCAGCUUCUCGCUGAUGUUCGUCAACACUCCCACGAGCUAGUCCUACUGGCAAAAAUGGUCGCCAAUCUAGGGAAUAGCUCGACCGAUCAACCGAUGCGCUGUCUAGAUUUGCUAUAUGAUUUGAUAUGCAAGCUGGAAGCUCUUGGGGAUGAAAGUGCGUCUCGAAGCCUUGCAGAACUGUUCUUCCUAUGCUUCAAAACAUACACAAGAUCGAUUCAGUUUUGGAUGGAAACAGGCCAGGUUGAUCCUUCAGAUAUCACCUUUUUCAUUCGGGCGCAUCGUGAGGGUGAUCUUCGCACCCUUUGGCACGACUGGUUCGUUCUGGAUGAGGGGCUUGAUCGGCAGAAAAUACCCCAGUUCCUCGAGACAAGUGUACAAAAGAUCUUCACAGCGGGCAAAAGUAUGGUCUUCUUGCGCCAUUUGAACGCGGUAAUCCCAGAGGCCCGUGAGAAACCGGCCAUGACAAUCGAUGAGAUUUCCUCCUCAGACUCAGCGCUCUUGCUUCCAUUCUCUGCGUUAGUGGAGUCAGCUUUCGAGAAACUUGUGGAUAUAGAUCAUUCACGUAGUGCCAUUCGUUUGCGAGAGGAACUUGAUGAAAAAUGCGGCCUGUGGAGUUCUCUAGACGCUCUUCAACAUGUUUAUCUUGGCAAAGAUCUGAGCGCGCUGAGUAUAAUCGAUUCCAAGGUUUUCGAAUUGAUAGACCGCGGGCGCUCUUGGGAUGACAGAUUCUUGCUCACUGAAAUCUCGAGGACGGCUUUCAGCUCAAUACCCACCAUUGAUACAUCGCGACUUCUCGUGCGCCCAGCUACUACUGCUUUGCGUGAAUCUCAAAACCACCGAAGCGUAGCAAUCCUCGAGUCAAUAUCGAUUGACUAUGGCCUUCCAUGGCCUGUGGCAAACAUCAUCACCGAGGAAGCAACUUGCUCUUAUCAGCGAAUUUCGACCUUCCUAAUGCAGAUCAGGCGUGCCAGAUACAGCAUAGUAAAACAGCGCAUACGAGACGCCCGCAACACGCAAGACGAAAAGAACGACACUUUGGUGCAUGCUCUCCACCAUAACAUGCUCUGGUUCAUCGAUUUUAUCUACGGUCAUCUCACCUAUCUUGUCAUAUCCACUGCAAAUCAAUCCCUGCAGUCCGCUCUACUCGAAACGAAAGAUGUCGAUUCCAUGAUUGCAGCCCACAAAUCCUACAUGUCUUCAUUAGAAGCCCAGUGUCUGCUCACUGAGAAUCUAUCUCCGAUUCACAAAGCUAUCAUCAGCCUAUUAGAUCUUUGUGUUAAUUUCGCAGAUCUUCAAACUGCACACUUGACUGGACAAUCCACUAGCGAAGAGCAAGAUGACGAAGAAGACUCCAUGGAGGCUGUCAAAAUACCAACGAAGAAAGACCCCGAAGAUGAAUUUGACUCCGACUACGAUGACGAUGACAUGGGCCACGAACACACUCUUACAGUUUCAUUUCAUGACUCCACCUACUACCAAAAAAUGAGAAAGGUCAAACUACAAUUCGAUCAUCUAGCUACCUUUGUCGCGGAUGGCCUCAAAGGUAUAGCUCGGGUGGAUGGAUUACCUAGCUGGGACAUACUUGCUGAAAGGCUUGAAUGGUGUAGACGUUAG